AAAUAAACUGAGAAAUUUGUCGUCGUGAAGAUUAAUUAGUUGUGACAUUAAGACUUUGUACACAGGUUUCGAUAUUAUCUGCGAGAAAAAAAAUACUCGCUUAUUUACUAUUCGUAAAAGCAUCGUCGUACAUUCCAAACGUUUCGCAAAGGCCAGUAUCUCGUUUUAUUGCUUCGGCAUCCUAAUUACAGCUCCCGUGUAUUUAUCUUUCUUCUCCCAAGGUGUAUCGUCCUUCGAUGUGAUAAUGAAUCGUUACGGCACCGAAGGCAUUAUAUGAUAACGAAAAAGAAAAACGGGAAAUGUAUCGCGUUCGGUCGGCGCGAUUCGCGCAUAUACGGCCGAUCUCUUCGUGUCGUACGAGCAACCUAAAUAUAGAGUGACACUGUGGCAUUAAUUUGUUGAAUGGAAAGAUAGGUGCGUUCAUGCUCGAGGGGGACCGAGCAUCAUUGUGGGGUAGAUCGCGACGGGGUACGGCAGAAAUCUCUGCAUCCGUGCGAGCUCUUCCUCAAAGUCGCGCUCGGCUAAGCGUUCGGCUCGCGUUGGAAAAAAAAAGGGGGUGACCCGAUCCCCCUUUCAGAAGUUCCGCAUUCUAUACUGAAGAUCUCGGAAGUGAUCUCGCACUUCCGGAAGAAGCGGAACAUUUAGCAGGAUGCCGAGAUAAGGACCAAGCGCGAGGAUAUUGACGGCGCAGGAAAUCCGCACAUAUUGGAGCGUAAUAAUUGCGUCGGCGCAACUAGAUAGGACGAGGUCGCGUUAGAAAAACUUGCUAUUACAGACGACAAUUAUCAAUCAGCCCUUCGCUCCUCCCUGUCACUUUCCACUUCACCGUCGAUUCAACGGCCGAGCCGUUCCGGCGUUUUAAUCAGAAAGAAGAGCGCAAGUUGCGACAGUUAGCGAGCCGGCUCUCCACUCGCCAGGUCGGCCUGUUAGGAUGAGGUGAGUUCUCCAAUUUCGAUCACGUCCCGCGAUUUCGUCGCCGCAACGAAUAAUGCCUUCAAGGGGAUCGACCGGCCGUCCCAAGGUAGACAGAUCCACCAGUCCUCUGCCGAGAAAACCGGCGGCGAGCCCCGUGAGUCCGGUGCAGGAGCUGAAGGCCCUCUUCUCCGAGCCAACCGCCAACAGAGCUGCCUCCAAUGGCGAGAAAGAGUCGGACUUCCGAUUCGAGGCAAUACAAUGCCUGCGACAAUCCUCGAUCAUCAUCAAGAGGCCCAAGGGGCUGCCGGAACGAGGGAACUGGAGCAGCAAGGUCGAAUUCAUUCUGUCCGUCGUGGGACUGGCCAUAGGUUUGGGGAAUCUGUGGCGAUUUCCGUACCUCUGUUACAAGAAUGGCGGCGGUGCUUUCAUGGUGCCCUAUUUCAUCGCGCUCGCGCUGGCCGGUAUACCGAUGUUCCUGAUGGAGCUGUCCCUGGGGCAGAUGCUGACGAUAGGUGGUCUGGGUGUUUUUAAAAUAGCACCGAUUUUCAAAGGCAUUGGAUACGCGACCUGCGUGCUUUCCUGCUGGACUAACAUAUAUUACAUCAUCAUCCUCGCUUGGGCGCUCUUCUACUUUCUGGUCUCCUUACGCGCCGAUGUACCCUGGAGAACCUGCGACAACUCGUGGAACACGCGCUUCUGCAUCACGCCCGACGAACGUCUGAACGUAUCGUGCUGGCAGGACGACAGCAACAUCAUAUGUGCCACGUCCCGCGGGAACUUGAGUCACAAAGUGCUGAAGGAUCCAGUCAAAGAAUUUUGGGAGAGGCGCACCCUGCAGAUUUCCUCGGGCAUCGAAGACGUUGGCAGUAUAAGAUGGGAACUGGCCGGCACGCUCGCGGUCGUGUGGAUUAUGUGCUACUUUUGCAUCUGGAAAGGCGUCAAAUGGACCGGCAAGGUCGUCUACUUCACGGCGCUCUUCCCGUACGCCUUGCUGGUGGUGCUGCUCGUGCGAGGCUUGACGCUUCCCGGCGCUGCGGAAGGUUUGAAGUAUUACGGUACACCGAAUCUCUCGAAACUCGGCGAUCCCGAGGUGUGGAUAGACGCGGUGACACAGAUAUUCUUCACUUACGCUCUCGGCCUAGGCGCACUGGUAGCCCUAGGCAGUUACAACAAAUUCAAUAAUAAUGUCUACAAAGAUGCUCUCAUCGUAUGCGGAGUGAACACCUGCACCAGCCUGCUCAGCGGCGUAGUCAUAUUUUCCGUAGUCGGUUUUAUGGCCCACGAGCAACAGAAACCAGUGGCCGACGUAGCCGCUUCUGGGCCCGGUUUGGCCUUCUUAGUUUAUCCAUCGGCGGUGCUUCAACUACCUGGCUCGUCAAUUUGGGCGAGUCUAUUCUUCUUUAUGCUCCUCCUCAUAGGGUUGGACAGUCAGUUCUGCACCAUGGAGGGCUUCAUCACUGCCGCCGUGGACGAGUGGCCGCGAAUACUCAGAAAACGGAAGGAACUGUUCAUCGCGAUCGUAUGCUUGAUCUCCUAUCUAAUCGGGCUUUUAUGCGUUACAGAAGGCGGUAUGUACGUGUUUCAACUCUUGGACACGUACGCCGUGAGCGGAUUCUGUUUACUCUUCCUGAUGUUCUUCGAGUGCAUCUCCGUCUCAUGGGCGUUCGGGGUGAACCGAUUUUACGACGGCAUACGGGACAUGAUAGGCUACUAUCCCUGCUUCUGGUGGAAGAUUUGCUGGACGUUUACCACGCCCACCAUUUGUGUGGGCGUUUUCAUCUUUAAUAUCAUCAAAUUCGUUCCUGUGAAAUACCUUACGUACGAAUUUCCGUGGUGGAGCCAUUUGCUGGGAUGGUUCGCGGGUCUUUCCUCGAUGUUGUGCAUUCCAGGUUACAUGAUCUACAUCUGGCUCGUUACACCCGGAACUACCUCAGAGAAAUAUCGGAAAUUGAUAAAAAUAGAAGACGAUGUUGCUGCCUUACGGAAGAAACUGAAUCCAAUCAAAGCCGCUGCCAUAGACACGGAGUUUGAACUAUAAAGUCGCAUCGUGCCUCCUUACAUAGAUUAUGCGGUGUGCGCGAUCAAGUAUAGAACGCGGGGGGGAAACUUUGAGCGCAAUGGAAUGUUUGCGAUUCAGAAUUACGUCAUAUUUCACUAGAAUAGCAUCAAGAUGAGGUAUCAUGUGCGUUUUACUCAUUUCGAGCGCAGUCUCGUCGAGAAAAAGCGAUGUUUAUUGAUUAAACUAAUCUAUUAUAUAUAUAUAUAUAUCUCUUAUAAUCUGCUUCCAACAUAUGAAAAGAAAACGAAACUAAUAAAAAUAUACUUUACAA